UUACAAUAACAAGAAGUAACAAUUAAUGUAAUUGUCACGUUUUUCUAAUUGUAUACCUUAAUAAACAAUAUGUAAUAAAUUAUUGUUACAUGCGUUAAUCAAAACUAUAUAGUGCUCAUUGUUACUAAAUUAAGAUUAAGUGCCUGUUUUAAGUUAAAAAAAAAAAAAAAAUGAAUUCUGUAACAUACGCUGGGAAAUCCCACCCAAAACCGUCUGCGAAUAUCAUUUCAAGAUUAACAUUCGGAUGGCUGGUAAAAUUAUUCUACAAAGGUUAUCGAAAAACAUUAGAAUUACGUGACAUAUACGAAACACAAGAUCACAAUAAAUCUGAAGUAGUCGGCGAUAAACUUGAAGCAAAUUGGAAAUUAGAACUAAUUAAAAGCGAAAAAAAUCCAAAAUAUGAACCCAGCUUGUUAAAAGCUUUAAUCAAAACGUUUUAUUGUUCAAUGAUAUUAGAAUUUAUAUUUGUUUUGAUUAUUGAAUGCGUUUUUCGUGUAUUAUCACCAUUUAUAUUAGGAAAAUUGUUAAUAUAUUUUAAUGAAAUCGAUCCAGAAACAAAUUCAAUGAGUACGAAUGUAUAUUAUACGGCAGGAUUCUUAUUAUUAAAUUCAACAUUAAAUGCAUUUUUUGUUAAUCAUUCAAAUAAACAACGUGUAUUAUUGGGUAUGCGAUUCCGUAUUGCAUGCUGUUCACUUUUAUAUCGAAAGAUACUACGCUUAAAUCAAUCAGCUCUGAGCCAAACAUCCGUUGGACAAAUUACAAAUUUACUAUCAAAUGACGUCAAUCGUUUUGAUAUGUUAUUCGCAUUUAUAUAUUAUUUUCCAAUAGUGCCAUUUCAAGUAGCCUUAAUUACAUAUUUAUUAUGGGAAAGUGUGAACUAUGCUGCAUUCGCUGGUGUUUUACUUUUAGCAUUACAAACUAUACCCGUUCAAGGAUACGUGGGGAAAAUAAGCGCUAAACUUCGGUUACGAAUAGCUAAUUUAACAGAUAGCAGAGUAGUUUUGAUGAAUGAAAUUGUGUCUGGAAUACAAGUAUUAAAAAUGUAUGCAUGGGAGAAACCAUUUGAAGAAUUUGUUCGCUUAGCUAGAUUGAAGGAAGUUAAUAUAAUUCGUAUUGCUUCCUAUAUAAAAGGUUUAAACUCCGCAAGUAUGGUAUUUACUGAACGUACAACAAUUUUUGUGGCCGCCGUAACAUUUACAUAUAUGGGAAAUGUAAUAACCGCAGAUAAAGCUUUUGCUAUGGCCCAAUAUUUUAAUAUUUUACAAUGUACUCUGGCCUUAUAUUAUCCUACGGCAAUUCUACUGGGUGCAGAAGUAAUGGUAUCCAUUCGUCGUUUGGAAACAUUCUUCUUAUUGGAAGAACAAGAAAUUACUAAAGCCGAUUCGACCACGAAAAUUCCCACAAAAGGUGAAACAAAAACGGGUGAAAUUAAUAUAAAAAAUAUGACAGCUUCUUGGAUAAAAGGUUCUCCAAUUUUACAUAAUAUUACAACAAAAAUUCGUCCUGGUGAAUUAUGUGCGAUUAUUGGUCCUGUUGGAUCUGGAAAAAGUUCUCUAUUAAAUACAAUUUUAUCAGAAAUAAUACCAAAUGAUGGUACAAUUAAUGUGAAUGGAGUAGUAUCGUACAGUUGUCAAGAGCCUUGGUUAUUUGUGGGCUCAGUACGAAAUAAUAUACUUUUUGGAUUACCAUAUGAUCGCCGAAAAUACCAAAAAGUUGUACAAGCUUGUUCUUUAAAACAGGACUUUAUACAAUUUCCAUAUGGUGAUCGAACCGUUAUUGGUGAUAAAGGUGCGUCAUUGAGUGGUGGCCAAAAGGCAAGAAUUAAUUUGGCAAGAGCAGUUUAUCGAAGUGCGGAUAUCUAUCUAUUAGAUGAUCCAUUAUCCGCAGUUGAUACACAUGUUGGUAAACAUUUAUUCCAAGAAUGUAUUGAAACAUUUUUACACGGAACCACUCGCAUUUUGGUCACACAUCAAAUUCAACAUUUGCAAAAAGUUAAUCAUAUUAUUGUUAUGCAAAAUGGAAAAAUUGAAGCUGAAGGAUCAUAUGCAGAAUUAAUGUCGCAGAAAUUAGAAUUUAUAAAAUAUUUAGAUAACGCUGAUGAGGAAAAUGAGGAAUCGAAGAAAGAAGAGGAAGAAAGAAUUAUUCCGAAGUUUACCAGACAAAAUACGGAAUAUGCAAUUGGACGUCCAUCUUCAGUGAUAGAAAAUAUGCCAAUGUCUGAAGAAGAAAUGGAAAGUGGUACAUUGGAUACUCAAUUGUAUUUUGAUUACUUUAGGGCUGGAGGUAAUAUUUGCCAACGACUCAUUCUGAUCUUGAUCUUGAUUCUUUCGCAAGUUAUUUGUAGUGCUAAUGAUUAUUGGCUAUCGUAUUGGACAAGUUUAGAACAAAAACGCUAUGAUGAUUUUAAUCCAAAAAUUGUUGAUGUCAAUGGUACAAUUCUACCAUCGGAUCUAAGUGAUACAAAAUACAACUAUGAUUACGAUGAUAGUUCAUUUGGUUUGUUAUCAACAAAUGAAGCUGUUUACAUUUAUGCAAGUUUAAUAGCUCUUGUGAUCCUGGCAACAUCUGUACGUUCUGUAUAUUUUUAUAGAAUAUGUAUGAAUGCAUCCAUCAACUUACAUAAUACAAUGUUUAAUAAACUUUUACAAGCACCAAUGCGUUUCUUUGAUAAGAAUCCAAUUGGACGUAUUCUAAAUCGGUUUUCGAAAGAUACUGGUGCUGUGGAUGAAUUAUUACCAAAAGCAUUAAUUGAUAGUACACAAAUAUUUUCAGUAAUGGUUGGUAUUUUAGUGCUUAUUUCGGUUGUAAAUCCAAUCUUAUUAAUACCUACAGCAAUUUUGUUGAUAAGUUUUAUCAAAAUUCGUACAGUUUUUAUAAGUACCGCACAAGAUUUAAAGCGCUUAGAAGGCAUUGCUAGAAGUCCAGUAUUUUCACAUUCCAGUUCAACUUUGAGUGGAUUGACAACAAUUCGUGCAUGUAAUGCUCAAGACGCUCUACAAACUGAAUUUGAUUUACAUCAAGACUUACACACUUCAACAUGGUAUUUAUUUGUGGUAACUGGUGUAGCUUUAGGUCUUUGGGUUGAUCUUUUAUGCGUAUUAUUUUUGGCCGUUGUUAUGUUCAGUUUUAUUAUAGCUGGAAAUUUAAUUUUUUCUGCAAGUAACAUGGGUUUGGCAUUAUCACAAUGUAUGAUUCUCAUCAAUAUGGUUCAAUAUGGUAUUAAACAAUCAGUGGAAGUUGUAUGUCAAAUGACCAGUGUUGAACGUAUGCUACAAUAUACAAAACUUGAAACUGAAGGUCCAUUUGAGACAUCAAAAGACAAAACGUUACGUAACACAUGGCCAGAAAAAGGUGAUUUACGAUUUGAUAAAUUGUAUAUGAAGUACGAUGAAAACGAACCAGCAAUAUUGAAAAAUUUGAAUUUGAAUAUAAAACCCACUGAAAAGGUUGGUAUUGUUGGACGAACUGGCGCUGGAAAAUCAUCCUUAAUAUCGUCCUUAUUUCAUUUAUCAAUUAUUGAUGGUGAUAUAAUUAUCGAUGGUAUUAAUAUAAAAGAUGUUGGAUUACAAGAUUUGCGGUCACGUAUUUCAAUUAUUCCACAACAGCCAGUAUUAUUUAGUGCAAGCAUGAGAUUCAAUUUAGAUCCAUUUAACUUAUACACAGAUGGUGCUUUAUGGGAAGCAUUAGAAGAAGUUGAAUUAAAGGAUUCAGUACCAAGUUUAGAUUUUAAAAUACAAAGUGGUGGAACUAAUUUUAGUAUUGGUCAACGUCAAUUGAUAUGUUUAGCUCGUGCCAUUUUGAAGCAAAAUAAAAUAUUAGUUUUGGAUGAAGCCACAGCUAAUGUGGAUCCACAAACUGAUGGUUUUAUUCAAGAAACAAUUCGUGAAAAAUUUGCUAACUGUACAGUAUUAACAAUUGCUCAUCGUUUAAAUACAAUUAUGGAUUCAGAUAAGGUAUUAGUUAUGGAUACUGGAGAAAUGGCAGAAUAUGAUCAUCCAUAUAAAUUAUUACAAAAUAAAAAGGGAAUAUUCUACAGUUUAGUGGAGCAAACUGGUGUAUCAAUGAGUGAACAUUUGUAUAAUGUUGCCAAAGAAAGUUUCAUGAAAAAAUUUGGACUUCCUGUUGAAGAGAAUACAUCGCCAGACUUUGUUGGCUACCCUGAUGAUACCUCUAGCACUAUUUCUACUGACGAUAAUUAUACAAAUGAAAAUCCUACAACACACCUGUAAAUAUGUGUUUUAGAACAAUGUAAAUACGUGUAAUUUAGAAAAUGUGAUAAGUGGGUGAAUUUAAAAAUCAUAUAUUUCAACAGGAUCAAGUAGACUUAUACGGAGUGUUAAGAUAGCUACACAGAGUUCCUAAAAAUGGUUCACAAGCAGGAAUUUUUCUUCAACAAAGUUUUUUCGGAGAGAAUAUCCGCGAAAAACUAUCAGGAUAUCUCCGAUAUUUUCAUUUGAUCAAAAGAAUGGUAAAACUGUGACCAUAACCAUAACUUUAACUGUGAUUUAGUUAUAUCUUACUAGAUAAUUGUUCACCUGUGUAGAUCUACUAACAUCACAAUUGAUGUGCAUUAGUUCAUCUGUGUACAUCAGAGUACAUCAAUGUACAUAACCGUGCAUCAGUGUUGGUCUACAUUUAUAUCAAAAGAUGUAGUAUAGUUCGCUUAUGUACGUUGAUAUAGUAUAGUUCAUCUGUGGAUAUAAAUUUUGAGCCACACUGAUGUACGCUUAUGUACAUUGAUGUAGUCUGAUGUACACGGACUACUGUACCUCCAUUAUGAUGUAUGUAGAUCUACCCAGACGAUCAAGGUUUCAUCUACUAAGAUAUAUCUAAAUUUUUUAUGAUGUUUUACCAUUUUUUUAAUAAAUAGAAAUUGUCGGAGAUAUCCUUAUAUAUAAUCCAGUUUUUCCCGGUAAAAUACUUUGUAGAAGAAAAUCUAAAAUGGGAAUAUUGAAAUGUUAACCGAUAUAUAUCGGAAUAUUCUUCAUGCGCUACACAAACUGUGCAAAUUAAAUUCAUACAAAUUUGUGUUCUGUAUUAUAAUUCAUGACCAUAUAUUCAAACUAAUCAAAUAAAUCAUUAUUAUUUAAUUA